UUUGCAUAUACUUGAUGCGUGUUUAUAUUUUAUUGCAUAGAAUUUUGCUUGCUUGAACUUGGACUAACUAAGCAAUGCUGAAGGUUGAGAGGACAACAACAGGGCGCGUUUCUGUCCCGUUAGCAUCGCCGCGUCCUUCGGCACAUGUUUUUUAACCCUGUUCGCCAGUGUCCAGUGCCGUUGCGCUUACCCCGCCCGACUCCAAGGCCCGUUGUGAUGUCCGAGACCUACGAGACGGACUCUCAGCUGCUGCAGGUGGGGAGGGGGGCGGCUGGUACCCCCAGCAUCGUCCCGGGACUGCUUCCAGGGCUGCAGAGCGCCGAAGCCAGUGCUCUGCAAAUCAGGAUCAAGAACUCCAUCUGCAAAUCUGUACAGUCCAAAGUGGAAAUUAUUCUGCAAGAUGUUGAGAAGUUCUCAGAUAUUGAAAAACUCUACCUCUACCUCAAGCUGCCUUCUGGUCCCUGCAACACCUCAGAGAAAUGUGACCAGGCUGCCCUUUCUUCAAGUCGCACACAGCAGACACAUGCAUUCAACUGGAUUCGUAAUCAUUUGGAGGAGUUUCCAGAGACUUCUCUUCCAAAGCAAGAAGUCUAUGACGAGUACAAGAGUUUCUGUGACAACCUCAAUUACCACCCUUUGAGUGCUGCAGACUUUGGGAAAAUGAUGAAAAAUGUCUUUCCAAAUAUGAAAGCUCGUCGACUUGGCAUGAGAGGAAAAUCAAAAUAUUGCUACAGUGGUCUAAGGAAGAGACCAGUUGUUCAUGUCCCAUCUUUACCAAGUCUAGAUUUAAACAAACCCGGAGAAGGGUGUGACAUACUUGACUCUCCUGCACACAUGAGUGGCAUAAAAGAAGAAAUGCGCUUUGCAGCUUGUGAUCUUGUCUGUGAAUGGGCCCAAAAAGUGUUAAAACGUCAGUUUGAUGCAGUGGAAGACUUGGCUCGUUUCCUUGUCAGCAGUCACUACAUAAGCAACAAGUCUUUGGCAGCCCUUACUAUAAUGACUGAAACUGCAACAGAGAGGAGGACUCCUCAGUCUCUCUCAGCUUUUGUUCCAGCUGCAGACAUGAACACGUUUCAAUCUCAAGUUACAACACUGUCGCCCCCUUCUGUUGAUGCAAAGCAGCAGCUUCAAAGGAAGAUACAGAGAAAGCAACAAGAAUUGAAACUGCACUCACCAACUCCCGGAGAGGACCCAAACCAACAAGAGACCAUUCUGUGUAAUGAUCCUACCACUCUUUCACCUCAGCCACCUGUAGGCAUAAUGGUAGCAACUGUUCCAAGCCCCAUUAUGACUCAAACGUGUAGGCCAUUAAUUUCCCCAAGCCCAGCUGCUCCAAAGGAGAGCAAAGUACUUCCACUUAAUUUCCACAUGGUAAACCAGUCGAUUUCAACUGUAAAGCAGAGUCUCAAAUCCUCCCAAAAUGUUGCCUUCAGUUCAGCAGGGUCAGGACGACAGCGAUAUCCACAAAUUCUUCCAAAACCAUUAUCUACAUCUACUAUUUCUCUCCGCUCACCUUCAACAAUGAUCCUCGCACACAGCCCAAUCAAAACUGUGAUGACGACCUGCCACGUUAGUCCUGUUAGUUUAGUCAACAUGACAUCAAUAUCUCUGGCACCUAACAGUUAUACUACUACCACCUCUCUCACCAGUGCUACUUUCAGGCCAGCAUCGGCGGGUAUCAGCAGCCCUGCAGAAGAAUGCAGACCUAGUCAAAAAACUAUGAGAAGUGCUUCCACUGUCCCCAUUCUGGGACCUGUGACAAUGCAACAACAGGCUGCAGAUAGCAAUAACAUUGACGUUGAAAUGGAAGUUGAAGCCAUUCAUGAAAGCAGCCAAAGGUGUUUUGCUUAUCCAUCUGGAGAGGCUAAACAGCGUGCUGCCAGUGUACCUAUACCACAAACAAAGAAGCUUUUUGGAGUAGAUGAAAUGGCAUUCAGUAACUGCCACGAGAAGCCUUCUUUAAGCACUGUCACUGUGGCAAACCUCACCAAAAGUAAAAAUAAUCUUGAUCUUGCAACAUUUUCUUCUCACAAUACAAGCCCUUCUUCCUCAAUGAAGAUCAGCAUUACACAAUUACCUGGAGGAAGCAGGAAUAUGUCAUUUGUAAAAGGAAAUGUUAUAUCACCAAAGAACAUAAGGAAACGACCAGGCAUCAGCCCAGACAGCUGUAACAUAUCUCCAAGCAAGCGGUUCUUUGUGCCAAAGCACAUGAUCGAGGGGUCUACUGAUCCUGAAAGUGGUAUAAGAGCUACGCUGACUAACAGACAUGAAAUCCCCACUCGCCCGGAAAGCGCUCCAGUGAGCAGGGAAGUUGAGAUAAAAAUGAAUUCCACUAUGACUUCCCAGAGUUACACCCAUGCUUCCUCUUUAAGAGGCAAUAGCUUUUACUCUUUAGCUAAAACAGAGGGUUCAAUGCAAAGAAAAAAUUCCCUUGUUAUGGAAGGUAUCACUUCACCCAAUCAUGCAUCGCUACAGCAACAUCAAAUACAUAAUGUAAGCCAGCCAGCAAGCAACAUUUCGUUUUCAAAUUCAAGCGAGAGCAUUGAUGGUCCUCAAACAAUCUAUCCUUUGCAAACACACACUGCUACUGAAAAUGUGCACUUUUUUAACCAAGAUAUUUCAACAAAUUCUGUCACCAUGCAACCAGAUAUUGACUAUUUUUCCUUUGAUGAUGAUGUGACACAGGAUAGUAUUGUGGAGGAGUUAGUGCAGAUGGAGGAGCAGAUGAAACUUAACCUCAAAGACUUUGAAAAUUGCCAUUCUCUACAAUGCCAACAACCUGGGAUCCAAGACAACAUGACUGCCACUUAUCAGACCAUGAAUCCUUGUUACCAAGCCACAAGUAAUCAUUGCAACCCCAUUCAAACUCAGACACCCACACCUACACCCACUCCCACGGCAGAAAUGAUUGGAGGAGCCCAAGUCCUACCUGGGGAUAGUCCCUGUUCACGCAUGGCCUCGACAACACCUGUGGACAGUGCCCUUGGGAGUAGCCGUCACACCCCUGUGGGAACUCCACUCUCAAACUGCAGCAGCACUGUCCCGCCCAGUCCAGUUGAGUGCAGGAAUCCUUUUGCAUUUACUCCUAUCAACUCCAACAACACUGCUUUUCAUGAUAACAUCAAUGUUAUGAGCAGCCCCGUAAAGCCCAUGCAGAGACCAAUGGCUACACACCCAGACAAGACUAGACUGGAGUGGAUGAAUAAUAGCUACAACAACAGCAGUAGUAGUAUAACAAAGUCAAAUAGUGGAAUGGGCAUUGUACCUAGCUAUCAAGGAUUAAUAGACAGCCACUUUCAAAAACCUCAUGCUUUUGCUGUUCCACAUGCAAGGCACCAGGAAAACACUUUUGGCCGUUUGACCCCUAUUUCUCCAGUGCAGCAGCAGGUAGCAAGCAUGGCAAAUAUGAGCAAACAGGAGGGCUUUGCUGUGCCUGCUCCUCUUGAUAAUAAAGCCAACGCCCACUCAACAUCUUUUCGAUGUAGGAGUGUAAGUCCUGCUGUACAUCAAAGAAACUUAAGUGUCAAUAUUGGAAAUAGUGCCAUUUCGAACACCCCGCGUUCAGUCCUGUCUCCCUUUAACUCACCUAUAACUCCGGAAGUAUUUAAUUUAUUUUCCAACAAUCAGUCAAAUAUUGCAGUCAGUUGCAUGGCACAAAGAAGUCGUUCUGUGCCACUCAAUGUCAUGAUGCAAACUCAGGAAAUGCCACCACAAGGCCAGCCAUCCAGCACCAAACACCUGGGCACUGUGCUCCUGAACAAGCUGGAGAGGUCUCAUGAUGAGACUAUGCGAGGUCUUGGAAUGAAUAAUUUACCAUCCAGCUACAGUGCCUGCAUGAACCUCAGCCAGAUACUUGAAUCUGACCCGAACAUCUCCUGCAGUGACCACCACCUCUUGUCAUCAGACUCCUCCCAAAACACAGUUAACGAAUCGCCAAUUUUUGACAGCAAUAAAAGCAAUAUACAGUUAACAAGGGCUCAGUCUCAGCAGCAGAUACCAGCAACAAUAAUGCAGGACAAUUUCAGCUGCACUGUCACAGAUCUGGUCCCACAAAACCACAUUACUGCCAGCAGUGUCAAGCAGGACUUAAACACAGGAGCAAACUUCCCCCAUGAACUUAGAAUGACAUCGGAUCUCUCCAGCAGCAUCAACGACCUUGAAACAAACCUUCUAUUUGACCCAAAUCAUCAACAAGAGCAGUAUUUAAGUGAAACUCCAGAUGGACUAGUCAAUACCGCAGUGUAUCAGCAGAUCAGCAGUGACACAGCUCACUCUGGUGGACUGGAGUGGUUUGAGAGUAAAGACCAUUCAGCUGUUGGUCUGAUGGGUUGAACGUAAUUAGUUUUGAUCAUUUUUUGUUAAUUAGUAUUUAUAGUUGUUUGUAAUUUGUAUUGCAUCACAUUUUAAAAGUGUACCAGCCUAAGCUUAAAUUUGUGUCAAUCUGUAUAAAAUGCUGGUCAUUUUAUCAGUGUAGAUCUUGUAAAGCUAUGCAUUUAAAACAACAGUACAUAAUUUGUUUUUUUUAUGGCCAGUAGGUAAAAAGAAAGACUCAGAAUAGCAUUUAAAUCAACCCAUAUGUUGGGUAUCUGCACUUUUAAAACCAUGUAAGUUAAAUUUUGAAGUUUCUUAUGCAAUGAAUUGUAUGCAAGUUUAAAUUCCAAAUCUAUGUCACUUGUUAAAUGCAUCAGAUUUAGACAACGAAUAUGUUCAAAAUGUAGUGUUUGUCAAUAGCAAAAUACCCUGCCUUGCCUGACAAUCCUUAUUGUCCCUUUUUAAAAUGCAAUCUGCACUGUGGAUUUAGACCAAAAUGAUGUCCUAGAGAUAAUUAAUAUGGUAAUAAUAAAAUAAUCAUGUUAAUGUAGUUGAACCCUGCGAACCAAAGAAUAAUGUACAAACGUGCAUUUGCACUGUCAUUGCCAAAUACUGUUGGAAUUGGAAUGGUACAGCUAAUGAGUCAUAACAUGUUACUUUUAAAUUUAAAUGUUGACUCACUUUGUUUGAUUUGUACUCUCUUCUAGUGAAAGCCAUAACACAUGUUAGCUUUAGUGCUUAUACUACCUUUAUUACAUAAACUUGGAUUUGUUUUAGGCCUAGCCUACUGCUUUUACAGUAAGCCACUGUAGCCUAUUUGUACAGACAAAAAUAUAUUUAUUUUUAUGUUAUAAAUCAUAUUUUCAAAAUAAUGUUUGACAAUAAUCAGUAUUUACAAUAACAAUUGGCACUAUGGUUGGUUGGUUAAAAGUAGAGCAAUGGCUAGAUGUUUCUGGUGUUUAUGCAAAUUUAUGCAAUGAAUAGGCUAAAGUCUUCCUGAUUAUUCUGCAUUUUCUUCCGAACUGUUUGUGUGAAAUGUUAUGUUUCCCUUCAUGUUAGUAAUUCAGCAAAACAACAUGGGCUAGGCCUUCUGUAAUCUCAUUUGUAGCCUGGUAUUUUGUUGCUAUGAUCUGUAAAGAUUUAAUUAAGGGUCUUGGUUUCAUGUGUUUUUAAA